CAACACUGUUCAAAGAAGAUGUGUCAAGACGUGCUACUUGUAAUAAAUUCGUAGGUUUGCCAAAAAGUUCUUCCAAUUGGCAAGAAACCUAUUCAUCAGUAUAAUUAAUAAGCAAAAAUGGAUCCAAUAAACGAACAACAAAACACAAGCGAGCGGAGAAUCGAUGACGUUGAGGCGGAGGGCCAGUUCAUAAUGCGAGUUCCCGAGGAUCGUGCCGGGACCAUUCACGAGGCCAUCAGCGAUGGAAAUGUACACAAGAAAUUGAGCAUUGCACUGAAGAAAGACAUGCGUCAAGGCCAGGUUUGGUUGGAUGGGUCUAUGCUCUACACAAAGCUCGUCGACUUGCCCACCAUCGUGGAAAGCUAUAAGACAUCGGACAAGAAGAACUUUUACAAGACUGCAGAUAUUUCCCAGAUGCUCAUAUGCACUGAGCAGCCACAGGAAGUCGAGAGCAAAUCAUCAGAAUCAGACGAAGAGACAGCCAAUAAAGUGCCCAAAAGUUACUUGCAUCCACAUGGCGUUACUCGUCCACUCAAGAACGUCCGCAAGCGUCGUUUCCGCAAGAAAAUGAUAAAGAGUCCAGAAAUGCAUGCAAGCGACAUCUCGAAGCAGGUAAAUUGGCUGCUCACCACCGACAGAAACGCCGUGCGAAGCCAAUACGAGCUCAUCUACGAGUCCGACCACACAGAGAACAUAUAGAUGUCUUCUAACUGACAGCAACUACAAAGAUUAUUGUACAAAUAAACUGAAAUUUGUAUCCGCUCCAAAGGAGAGGUCCACCAAGAGAGA